AUGUCGAAAGCCCCAGCAACCAUGCAGGCCAUCAUCAUCAAUGGCAACAAGGCAGCCGUUUCCAAGAUCGCGGUGCCGAAGACCAGGCCGACUUACGUCCUCUGCAAGGUCGACUCGGUCGCCCUGAACCCCACAGAUUGGAAGCACGUUAAGGACAGUCGUGCAGCUCCCAAUGGCAUUUCUGGCUGCGAUUUCGCAGGAACGAUCGUUGAAGUCGGAUCAGAGGUGAAGAAAUCUCUCAAGGCAGGCGACAGGAUUGCUGGCGUUUGUCACGGUGGAAACUUCAGCAACCCCGAGGAUGGCGCUUUUGCAGAGUACUGCGUGGCCAAGGGCGACUUGCUGGUCAAGAUUCCCGAGUCCCUCAGCUUUGAGGAUGCAUCGACGUUCCCUCUGGGUGUGUCGACCGUCGGGCAGGGGCUCUUCCAGAAGGCUCUCAAGCUGUAUCUUCCAACGGACCCAACAAAGAAUCGCGAGACUGUUCUUAUCUACGGUGGUUCCACUGCAACCGGCUCCCUCGCAAUCCAAUUCGCCAAAUUGGCUGGAUACAAGGUCAUCACGACAUGUAGCCCACACAACAACGACUUCGUCAAGGGGCUGGGUGCUGAUGCCGUCUACAACUACAAGGAUCCGAACGUUGGCAAGAACAUCAACAAAGAUACCAACAACGCGCUGAAGUUGGUGUGGGAUACCAUUUCGCUGCCUGCAUCGGCCAAGAUCUGUGAAGAGGCUUUGUCUUCUGAUGGCUCUGGGACGAAGUAUGGUACCAUCCUUGGACAGAAGUUGCCGGAGAGACAGGAUGUUGAAAGCAAGACCACAAUCAUGUACACCAUCUUCAACGAGGCCUUCUCCAAAGCUGGUCGUGACUUCCCGGCCACUCCAGAGGACUUCGAAUUCGCAAAGGAAAUCUUUGGCAUCACCGAGAAGCUCCUUGCAGAAGGCAAACUGAAGACUCAUCCAGCUAAGGUCGGUUCUCAGGGCCUGGAAGGAGUGCUUCAGGGCAUGGAGGACAUGAAGAAUGAGAAAGUCAGCGGCGCCAAGCUUGUCUAUCGCGUCAAAGAGACGCCGCAGCAUUCCAGGGCAGAGAAGGAACUGUAG